GCGGCUCCGCCCCGCACGGGAAGCGAACGAGGGUUGUUCUGGCUGCCCUUUGGAGCUGGGAGUGCUCCGCUCCCGCCGCCAUUGCUUCUUCGUCCUGAGCGUCCUUCCCGGGCAGAGCUGCGGCCCCCGCCGGAGGUGCCGGUGGCCGGCUUUUAGGGAGCCAUGACGACGGUGCGCAGAGAGGCGUUCGGGCGGAUGCCUCCGGAGGAGGGAGGCGGAGAGGUGGAGAAGUUCGUCUUACAGUCGGACAGCGUGAAAGUGGAGAUCCUGUCUUUUGGGUGUAUCAUCACCACUCUUGAGACAAAAGACAGAGAUGGGCAGUUUUCAGAUAUUGUCCUAGGAUUUGACACUUUGGAAGGUUACACGGGGAAGCACCCGUUCUUUGGCACUGUCGUGGGCCGUGUUGCCAACAGGAUUGCAAAUGGGAAGUUCACCGUGGAUGGGAAGGAGUAUCAGCUGUUCCUCAACAACGGGCCCAACAGCCUGCACGGAGGAGCCAAGGGAUUUGACAAGGUUCUCUGGAGCGCCGAGGUGCUCCCGAAUGGCGUCCGCUUCUUCCGUCUCAGCCCCGAUGGCGAGGAAGGCUACCCUGGUGACUUGAAAGUCUGGGUCACCUACACCCUCAGUGGCAGGGAGCUGGCCAUCAACUUCCAGGCCCAGACCAGCAAGACCACCCCCAUCAGCCUGACAAACCACUCGUACUUCAACCUGGCAGGGCAGGGCUCCCGGGAUGUCUAUGACCACGAGAUCUCCAUUGAAGCAGAUUCCUACCUGCCUGUGGACAACACUCUGAUCCCUACUGGGGAGGUGGCUGCUGUGCAGGGCACUGGAUUUGAUCUCCGGCAGCCUGUGGAGCUGGGCAAGCACUUCCAGAAGUUUCACCUGGAUGGCUUUGACCACAACUUCUGCCUGCAUCAGGGGCAAGAUCGACGCCUUGUGGCCAGGGUUUUCCACCCGCCCACCGGUAGGACCAUGGAGGUUCACACCACACAGCCUGGCAUCCAGUUUUACACUGGGAACAACCUGGAUGGCUCCCUGAAGGGCAAAGGUGCUGCCACGUACCCCAAGCACUCGGCUUUCUGCCUGGAAACCCAGAACUGGCCCGAUGCCGUUAACAAGCCUCACUUCCCCAAGGUCCUGCUCCAUCCUGGUGAGGAAUACAACCAUACCACGUGGCUCGUGUUCAACACUGCUUGAGGAGAAGGGCUGCUGACUCCCAGCACUAAGAGGGGACUUGCACUUCGUUGAGGGCUUCCUGAUGGUGAACGGCUGAAAGGAAAACAAUCCACAAUUAACAUUUCAGUAGUUGCUUGGGAAUCACAUAUACAGGAAAAAGCAACAGGAGUAUACCCAGACUGGCUCCCUUUAAGCACUUUUAAAAUAAAAUAAAAUAACCAAUCACUACUGACAAAA